UGUGCAUUGCAUCCCGUGCGGUACCCGGGUGCUGUGCGUUGUUCUCGGGGUGGAUGCAAUGAUUGCCAUGAGCUCAUUAGGCGAAUAUUGUUUGCUAAUCGGUGCCAUAGCAAUGGUGAGGCAGUUCUUCUCACCACCACCUGAUCCCUCCGCCUCGGCCGCCGCUCGCUCUGCAAACCCUGAGCCCAUCUGCUGAGCCGUGCCGCGGGCUGGAGCUGGCCCAGGUGCCCAUGCCCAUCACCUGGGCUUCAUCGUGCUGGGAGGAAGCUGCCCCAGGGGCCAGGAGUGGGGCAGGGAGCCAGUACCGAGGGAUGAAGGGCGGAGGGGAUGGAGGGAGGAUGCUGCAGGCAGGAGAGCACAUGCAGGAAUGGAGUGUGGGGUGGGAGAUGUGCGGCUUUCAGAGCCGGGAGAGAACUGUUAACAGAGUGGAUUUUUUUCAAGGCAGAGUUUAAUGGGAGAAUUUGAAAUCGGAGAAUGGGCGAGAGGUUCCGAUGAAUCUGACCCCCAAAAGAGAUCGUUGUCUCGUGGUGAGCAGUGUGUCAAAGCAGCACUUGCGUGCUCUGGUUGCCCUUUCCUUUCACUUUCUCUCUCCUCCCCAAACUUUACUCCGGGUGAAUUUUACAACGGCUCACAGGGGGACGGUGAUGCUGUUGGAGCUGCCUGGGACAGGAUCUCCACUCCUGGGUGAUGCAUGCACAGCGCAGCCCGCCUCACCCCGCAGCAGGCAGGGCUGCGCCUUCGGCCCCGCCGCUCCCGUCCCACCCAGCGCUACGCCUGCCCAUCUCUCCCCUUCCUACGCUCACUCCCAUCUCUCCAUUUCUCCUUUAUGAAAUAUGCAUGGAGAACAGAUGUCGCCUUCUCCCGGAGCACCCCCACCCUCCUCCCUCCCUCCUCCCAACCCACCACCUCCAUCCACCCUCCAGGACCACAUCCAACCUCCACCUCCCUCCUCUCCCGGGGGCUCCAACCUCCCCCACAGCCAAUGGCAUCCCCUCUCUUGGCUUUAAUAUUUAUGAGGGGGGGAGCAGCGAAGCGGCCAAUGAGGCAGCUGGGGUCGGACCCGGUGUGCGAGGCCGGGGUGCAUAUAUAGCGCGUGGGGCACAUGCCUCCUUGGUGUCCAUCUCCCCGCACGGUCCUUGAGCUCCUGCCCCAUUCGUGGCAUGCUCGGGCCCCAAGGAUCCUGGGGCUCAUCCCACAGAGCGGGUCGCCAACUUUCUGCCUCCUCCAUGGACGGAUGAGCGAGCGGUUCCUGGAUUACUUUGAGCUUCAGGAAGAGGAAAGCUGGAGCCUGGGAAUGGUCGUCAACUCAGGGUUUAUUGCCAUCGCCCCUCCAGCAAGAAAAAGGGAAACAAUCUGAAGUCGUGCAGAGACGCCGUGUGAUGAGGAGGAGGAGGAGGAGAGCCAGCGGGGCUGUGCUGUGAGCCGGAGGUCCUGUCCCAGUGGAUUCGCUUCACCUGGCUCCGUCCUCAGCUCAGCAUCUGUCCGCCUGUCCGUCCGUCCACCCACCCGCACCCACCAUGCUCAACUCAGAGCAGACAGAGCUCGACCUCCCGCCCGCUCACUCCGAGCCCGAAUCCGUCUUCAGCGACUGCGGCCGCAUGGGCAGCGCGGAGGAGUCCGGCGUUGCGUUGUGCCCUCAGCCCCGCGGGGCUGAGCAGGGGGAGGCGGUGAAGAAGGACCUGCAGCACCUGAGCAGGGAGGAACGGCGACGGCGGCGACGAGCCACGGCCAAAUACCGAACGGCCCACGCCACGAGGGAGCGCAUCCGCGUGGAAGCCUUCAACAUGGCCUUCGCCGAGCUGCGCAAGCUGCUGCCCACGCUGCCGCCCGACAAGAAGCUCUCCAAGAUCGAGAUCCUCCGCCUGGCCAUCUGCUACAUCUCCUACCUGAACCACGUGUUGGAUGUCUGAGCUUCUCAGCUUGUGUCUGUUUGUCUGUCCGGCCACCCAUCCGUCUCCAAUCCAAACAUGCUGGGCCGAGGGCUUGAGUACGUCUGUCCAGAUGUGACCCAACUGCGCUGCACCUGCAUCUGUCUGACUGCUUGGAUGGACUGAAUCCCAUCUGCCCACUCUGCCUCUAUCCAAACUGCAUCUCCCCACCACCAAGCCCACAUCCAUCUGUCUGUCUGUCCUGCCUGAGCCAGAGCAGGCUGUUCAGCCCAUCAGACGUCUGUCUGUCCUGCUGGACCUGCUGCCUGAAGCCAGUCUGUUCCCAACGUCUGUCUGUCCUUCUGCUGCAUGUCCCGCUGAUAGCGCCAGCAGGAUCCUGAGCCCACAUCCAUCCAUCCCCACAGUCAUGACCUGCUCCAUCUUCACCCGCCUCUUUUCUACGAGCCACAAACUGCCCCCAUGAGGCACCAGGUCCCAUCCAUCUGCCCCUCCGGCCACAGGACACCACCUGGGGACCAGAACACCUCCCCAGCACUCUGCCCUGUGCACAGAGAAGCCCCUCCAGCUCCAUCCUGGUGGGGCACAGAGUGCCCAAGAGUGCUGCAGAUGUAGGGCAGGAUCCGGCCACACUGCACCAUGGACAGCUGCACAGUGUUGAGGCCACACUGGCCUAUGCUUGGCUGGAGCUGCUGUCACCUGGGGCCUGGCUGAGUCCUUCUGCUGCACACCCAACCUCCCCAAAUGCCUCCCACUGUGGGAGCACCUCAUCCCAGAGCUGUGCAUCCUUUCCUGCACCUCCCUCAGCUCUGAGCAGAGUGAGCAUGGGACCCCUGGCCCUUGACAAACCCUCUUUGCACCAACAUCCCUGAGAACCCCGGAGCAAUCUUCACACCCUGCCUCUUCCUCUUCCUCCCCCUUUAUUUUCUAAGAAUUAAUUUUGCACUGGCGGUGGCAGGAGCACGAGCAGAGCUCCACAGGGACCAGGACAGAGCAGAAAGUGGCCGCUGUGCCCAAAGGCAGUGUGCUGCUCACUGCAGGGUGGGACAUGGCCCAGCUCCAUCCCCACCCUUGCACUGCCCACAGCUCCAGACCCCAUCUCCCUGCAUCCCCAGCGCUGCCCCCAUCCCAUGGGACGUGCUUGGGGAUGUGGCAUCCCCCAAGGGACAUGCACAAAGCAGGGCAGCCCACCCGUCCCCUCCACUCAGCCCACUCCCCUGCGCCACGAGGAUAUUUAUUGAAUUAAUUUAUUGAUAAAUGUUAUUAUUUAUUUGCUGUGUUGUGCACUUUUCGGAAAGGAAUCUUUAGGAAGCAAACAAACAAACAGAAACGACCACGGUGGAAAGCAGCCCAACCCACCCCCGUGUGCCCCAGCGUGCGUUCAUCUCGGCUGUUCGGACUGUGUGAGGAUUUAUUAUUUAUGAGUUCACAAGGAAGUCGGGGAGGGGGAAAUGAAUUAAACUGCCAGCAAAA